UUUUUUGAGAUAGUCUCGCUAAAGUGCCCAGGCGGGAUUUGAAUUUGCGAUUCUCCUGCCUCAGCCUCCCUCAGUGCUGGGAUUACAGAUGUAAGCCACCAAACCCGACUCCUAAAUGACAGCGGCGAGUGAAACACAACCGCAAAGGAGGUUGCCACGGUGACGCGACCCGCGAAGUUUAACUUCCGGGUUAGGAGGCGGCACAGGCGCGGAAGGGAGCAGCGAAGUCCCACUUCCGUGUAGUUUUUCCCAGGGCCCGGAGCGGGAGGUGUGCGGGGUCCUAGGUUAGGACCUGAGACCCAGCGCCCCGAGAGCGGCUCCCCCGGACUGUGGGCGCGGAUCCCGGAGCAAACGGAAAGAAUCAGGAUCGCCGCGGACGCGAGCGACUGAGUGUUGUCAAUGGCGACCCUAGGCCCCGGCAGCCAGAACGUCACCGAGUAUGUCGUGCGAGUUCCCAAGAACACAACCAAAAAGUAUAAUAUAAUGGCUUUCAAUGCGGCCGAUAAAGUGAAUUUCGCUACGUGGAAUCAGGCCCGGCUGGAGCGGGAUUUGAGCAACAAGAAAAUUUACCAGGAGGAGGAGAUGCCCGAGUCGGGCGCAGGCAGCGAGUUCAACCGGAAGCUGCGGGAGGAGGCCCGCCGCAAGAAGUACGGCAUUGUCCUCAAGGAGUUCCGGCCCGAGGACCAGCCCUGGCUGCUCCGCGUCAACGGAAAGUCGGGCAGGAAGUUCAAGGGCAUCAAGAAGGGCGGCGUGACAGAGAACACGUCCUACUACAUCUUCACCCAGUGCCCUGACGGGGCCUUCGAGGCCUUCCCCGUGCACAACUGGUACAACUUCACGCCGCUGGCCCGGCACCGCACGCUCACCGCCGAGGAGGCCGAGGAGGAGUGGGAGAGGAGGAACAAGGUCCUGAACCACUUCAGCAUCAUGCAGCAGCGGCGGCUCAAGGACCAGGGCCAGGACGAGGACGAGGAGGAGAAGGAGAAGCGCAGCCGCGAGAAGCCCAGCGGGCUGCGCAUCCACGACCUGGAGGACGACCUGGAGAUGUCGUCGGACGACAGCGAGGCCAGCGGCGAGGAAGGCAGCAGAGCCCCCAAGACCAAGAAGAAGGCGCCGCUGACCAAGGCGGGCAGGAAGAAGAAGAAGAAGAAGAAGGGCUCGGACGAUGAGGCCUUUGAGGACAGCGACGACGGAGACUUCGAGGGCCAGGAGGUCGACUACAUGUCCGACGGCUCCAGGUAAGGCCAGCGGGAGGCGGGCGCGAGGCCCCGGCCCAGCCGGCGUCGNNNCGGCCCAGGUGUGGACGAGCAGAGCGAGAGCAGCGAGGAGAGUGGGGAGGAGAAGCCGGCCGCCGCGGCUGAGGAGGACAAGGAGGAGGAGGAGGAGAAGAAGGCCGCCGCCCCGCAGGAGAAGAAGCGCCGGAAAGACAGCAGCGACGAGUCCGACAGCUCCGAGGAGAGCGACAUCGACAGCGAGGCCUCCUCUGCCCUCUUCAUGGCGAAGAAGAAGACGCCGCCCAAGCGGGAGCGGAAGCCCUCGGGAGGCAGCUCACGGGGAAACAGCCGCCCCAGCUCCCCCAGCGGGGAGGGCGGCAGCACCUCCUCCACCCUGCGGGCUGCUGCCAGCAAACUGGAGCAAGGGAAGCGGACAAGCGAGACGCCAGCAGCCAAGCGGCUGCGGCUGGACGCGGGGCCCCAGAGCCUUUCCGGGAAGUCAACCCCACAGCCGCCUUCCGGAAAGUCCACACCCAGCGGCGGUGACGUGCAGGUGACCGAGGACGCCGUGCGGCGCUACCUGACCCGGAAGCCCAUGACUACCAAGGACCUGCUGAAGAAGUUCCAGACCAAGAAGACGGGGCUGAGCAGCGAGCAGACGGUGAACGUGCUGGCCCAGAUCCUGAAGCGCCUCAACCCUGAGCGGAAGAUGGUCAACGACAAGAUGCACUUCUCCCUCAAGGAGUGAGGCCCCGGCCCCCGAUAGACAACCGCGCACCCACGCCGCCUGGCUCCGUGUUCCUCGCCGCCUCUGCCCUCAGCCCCCCUUCUCCCCAUUCUGUCGUUCAUUUGCCUCGGGGCCGGGUGCCUGGGAGGCCCCCUCUGCUCUGUCCCCUUGCGGAGUCCCCGCCAGGUAAGGGAUGCCGCACCGACGCCCUGCUCCCCUCGGCCGGGAGCCCAGGACUAUCUACCGCAUAACCGCUUAUAAACUUAGUUUCAGCAACUCCGUUAUCAUUUGCCCAAAGUUAUCCUUGCGUCUGUUUCA